CUUACGGAUAUAAAUUUUAUAGCAAGUGCCGAUUGUUCGUUUUCGUACUACACCCUUAAUAAGUAAAUGAGAUUUUAUUACAAUGAAAAGUGAGUGCGUCUAAUUACAAGCGAAAAAUAAAAAAAAAUUAUAGAGUCGCGAAUUGCCCUGUACACAAAGCGCCUGUUCGCGUUGAGAAUGAAUUUAACUACAACCUCAAUAGAGCAGGUUACUGCACUUCUACCGUCUCUUCAUCAGUCUUGUGCAUCGCCAUCUGAGAAUCACCAUCUACACAAUGAUGUUAGAGGAUCGCCGGGAAACGUGGACUGUUAUUCUUCCGCGCCCGAAGAUCACCCCCUUUCCUUAAGCCUUCAAGGAUCACAGACUUUGGUGCAGGCAUCGCGGACGCCGCCGCCCCCGUGGAGCUUUCCGACAAAGAAGGGAACCCCGGGACUUGUCUGCGUCGUUUGCGGGGACACAAGCUCGGGAAAACACUACGGAAUCUUGGCCUGCAACGGAUGCUCCGGCUUUUUUAAGCGAUCAGUACGAAGGAAAUUAAUUUAUCGGUGCCAGGCAGGGACAGGACGUUGCAUAGUUGACAAAGCGCACCGAAAUCAAUGCCAGGCGUGUCGAUUAAAAAAGUGUCUUUCAAUGGGGAUGAACAAAGACGCAAUUAUAGCUUCUUAUGAUCUUCUAGCUGUGCAAAAUGAAAGACAACCCCGAAACACUGCCACUAUUCGACCGGAAUCCCUCCGAGAAAUGAGUGCGGAACAGGAAAGGGCACUUCGAGAGGCGGCCGUCGCUGUUGGUGUUUUUGGGCCGCCGGUGUCAUUAACGAUGGCAUUAUCCUCGCCGGUUAGAUACGGGCCUAGCUUGUUACCUCCAGUUCCUCCACCGCCUGUGAUCAAUCGCGAACCAAGUCCGAAGCAGGAGACAAGCGACAACGACGAGGAAAGUAUAGAUGUUACAAACGAAGAAGAGGACGCCCCGUCAUCCGGCUGCGGCGUCUCUUCGAGUAGCGGACCUUUCCGUCAUGAACCCCAUCAAAUCACUUCGGGUCUAUCAACCAUAGGCAUCUACCCAAGUACGCACGAAACAAUUUAUGAAACCUCAGCUAGACUACUGUUCAUGGCGGUGAAGUGGGCCAAAAACUUACCCAGCUUCGCCAGUUUACCAUUUCGCGAUCAGGUGAUUUUAUUGGAGGAGGCGUGGAGCGAGUUGUUUCUUUUAAACGCCAUCCAGUGGUGUAUGCCGCUCGAUGCCGUCUCAAGUUCGCUAUUUAACCCCAACGAGCACACGAAGAACGGACAAGGUGCUGCGGAUGUACGAAUAUUAUGUGAUACUUUAAUGCGGUUUAAAGCUGUUCACGUGGACCCUGCCGAGUUUGCCUGUUUAAAGGCGAUCGUGCUUUUCAGGGCAGAGACGCGUGGAUUAAAAGACCCAAGCCAAAUAGAAAAUUUACAAGAUCAAGCGCAAGUUAUGCUGUGGCAGCAUUGCCGUACACAAUUGCCGGCGCAAGUCGCGCGUUUCGGAAGACUAUUAUUAAUGUUACCUUUAUUAAGAAUUGUUCCAGCCAUUAGGGUGGAAGCCGUAUUUUUUCAAAAAACUAUAGGCAACACCCCAAUGGAAAAGGUGUUAUGCGACAUGUACAAGAAUUAAAAAUCUUUGGCGACGUGCGCUCUUCAUUACUGUGGUAUAUUAAAGAGUUUUAAGUAGAGUAUUUAUAUUUUAAAUUUGUUUAAAUUAUGUAAGUGUGUAUAU